ACGGCUGACUGGUGUGUGCAGCGUCCAAUAGCUUAGGAGGACACUGUGUUCUCACUGGCUGCGAGAGCCGGAGGGAGGUGCGAGCCGGGUGUGAGGCGGGGUUUGAGUAUCAUGUAGCAUGCUAGAUUGAUUACUCUUGAAUGUUAAAGGGGAAGGAGGCUAGAGAUUUUUGUCUGUGAGUCGGGAGUGCCGCUCUACUCUUUGCCUGUUGUUGCCUGCUGCUGUGCUGGUCUUCUGUACCAUCUCACCCAGUUCUCUGUAUCCGGCCAGGGGUCAGCUCAAAGGCAAACAUAUGGGACACAGGCUAAAGCGAGGGAGAAGGGCUGGAGAGUCAAAGGAAAGAGAGGAGGUCAGCAAGUUGAGAGGACUUGCUAAAGAGAGAAAACAGGAGAUACAGGGGCUGUGUGUCUAGCCAAGUAGAAGAUGUCCUCAGAUGGCUUUGGAGCCGGGAGCAGCGAUGCCCAACAAACCUUGCAGUCCUUCUGGCCUCGCGUCAUGGAGGAGAUCAGGAACUUGACUAUGAAGGAUUUCCGUGUGCAGGAGUUGCCUCUAGCUCGAAUCAAGAAAAUCAUGAAGUUGGAUGAGGAUGUAAAGAUGAUCAGUGCGGAGGCUCCGGUCCUGUUUGCCAAAGCGGCUCAGAUCUUCAUCACAGAGCUCACCCUCAGAGCGUGGAUCCACACCGAGGACAACAAGAGGCGCACACUGCAGAGGAACGACAUCGCCAUGGCGAUAACAAAGUUCGACCAGUUCGACUUCCUGAUCGACAUCGUGCCCCGGGACGACCUGAAGCCACCGAAACGACAGGAGGAGAUGCGUCAGACGGUAGCUCCAGCAGAGCCGGUGCAGUACUACUUCACUCUGGCCCAGCAGCCUGGAGCCGUGCAGGUGCAGGGCGCACAACAGGGCCAGCAAACCGCCACACAGACAGCCGCCACCAUCCAGCCCGGACAGAUCAUCAUCGCACAGCCACAGCAAGGACAGAUGUUGCAAGGUGCCACCAUGCAGCAGUUACAGCAAGUGCAGGUGCAAUCACAGGGCACACCCAUCACGAGUGCACCCGUCGCCAUGCAAGUGGGUGAGGGUCAGCAGGUGCAGAUCGUCCAGGCUGCGGCCCAGGGUCAAGCUCAGACGGCUCAAGCCCAAGGCCAGACUAUGCAGGUCAUGCAGCAGAUCAUCACCAACACAGGAGAGAUCCAGCAAAUCCCGGUGCAGCUAAAUACAGGCCAGCUACAAUACAUCCGUCUAGCACAGCCGGUCUCUGGAGCGCAGGUGGUGCAAGGGCAGAUUCAGACUCUUGCAAACACCCAGCAGAUCACGCAGACAGAGGUCCAGCAAGGACAACAGCAGUUCAACCAGUUUACUGAUGGACAGCAGUUGUAUCAGAUACAGCAGGUGACGAUGCCAGCAGGACAGGAGCUGACUCAACCAAUGUUCAUCCAGUCCACCAACCAGGCAGGUGACACUCAGGUCACGCAGGUCACCACUGACUGAGCCCGAACCAAGAACCUUCCUCCACACACACACACACACACACACAACACGCACACCAGCCCAUGUGAUGCAGACAGAUGCUGUCGACUAAGGACGCUUGAAAAUGAGGGACCUGAGAUCUUGUAACACUUAUUGUUUGUAAUAAAUUUAGUACACUGCAUCAAAAACCAAAGGGACUCUGAUCAACUCUUUCACAACCAGAUGUGAUACUGCAACCAUGUUUAAACAUAAUAAACUUUUUUUUUUUUUGUACUUCUGUCACAUGGAGAAAAUGUGCAUCAGCUUCCACGGCCCCUGGCAAGUCUUUCCACGGACAAACUCUGUUCUUUCUGUCAUCACAUGUCUAAUAUUUACACAUUUUGAAAACAUGUUUUAUUCCUGGCACCGUUUUUGUUCUCCUCAUUUGGAAGUGAACUGAGAAAGUGUCCAUCUUUGUCAACACAACCUGCUCGGGGCAGAUCUGUGUUUGAAGCCGGCCACGGGAUUGUUCUCCUCCUGGUUUUGUUCUUCAGUGAAUGCCCUCUUCAUUGUUUGUCAAGGAUGUUGUUUGAUGGAUGAAAUGAAACCACAUACCUCAGAUAACCCAUUUUUUUUUUCCCAGCAAGGUUGAUCUAUAGGAUCUGGAGAAGAGAUCUAAGGUUCAGUGAUAAUUUCAUGUAGUUUCUCUGUUGUGUUGUUUUUCCCACAUUGAUGAUGAAGCAUGACUUUGUGUUGUAAGGGCUUCAAGCUGUAUAGGUUAACUGUGUGUGCUCGUGUUGAAGCACCCACGCCCGUCUUCACUCUUCCAUUUUGAACCUUUCAUUCAUUCUUUCCUCAUCCCUCCGUCUGUAGAGCAGUGAGUCUCUGCCAGUUUCAGUCUUGUGCCCCGGUUUAAGUCUCAUGUAAAAACACAUGACUCCAUCUGGAGCAAAAAAAAAAACAACAAAACAAAAAAAAACAACCCUUUUUAUAGAGCUCUUUUUUCAGUACAAGUGCUUCUGUUUUGAAAUGAUGUUUGGGCUCAUAUCUUUCCCAUCAUUUUUCUUUUUGUACAGUAAUGAAUAUUAUCAAUGUUCUUAUUAUUAUUGUUUUUGCAUGUAGUUCAAAUUGCCAGCAUGACAUGCAAUAGGUACAAUUUUAUUUUUGACAUUCUUUUUUGUAAACAAACUUUGUGAGAAAAAUUAAAAACCAUAACUUGUCUAAGA